AUGUCGCAGGACGACGUCACGUUCAGAGAGUUGCUAGAAUUGGCUUUCGGGACCCCCCGCGCGGGCGUGGUGGACUUUGGCGCGCUGCACCGGCUGCUGCGCGCGCUCCUCACGCACCUGGGGGUCGGCGAGUCCAGCACCGCGCAGCAGACUCACCUGCAGCUUCUGGGCCGAAUCCAGGCCUGCGAGGACCAAGUGAUCACGGCCAUGAAGCUAAUCCAGGAAGUGCAGCAGCAGAUAGAGCAGGCGAAACGGAAGGGGGAGGAGCUUCAGGAAAGUACGUGUGAGACGUUGGACGGCGUGAAGGACGUCAGCGUGCGUCUACAAGAUCGUGUGAUGGUGUUGGAGGCGGGAAGAAAAGUAGAGGAGGAUCAGCUGGAGCAGCUCAGACACCUCAUCACCAACACAGACCAGCGAGACAUGGUCAGAAUUCUGGACGAGCGUCUGAACAUCCAGCAAGACGCCAUUAACUCACUGAGCGACCAACUCCACCAGCUGGACGACCUGCAAGUAGCCUUGGACCACAUGUUGCCGCCUCUGACCUCUGACCCCUCCGGCGACCUGGAGGACGGCGGGGAGACAAACGUCGGCAGGACGUUGAGUCUUCGGUUUGAGCGCAAGAUUGCUGAGGUCUUGCGGCGGCAUGAGGACACGCAGCACGUGCACAGCCUGCAGGCGUCCAUCUUGCAGCUUCAGAGAGACUGUCAGGACCUGCGAGAAGCCAUCGGUGGUCUCCAUGACGACAACAAACACAAACAUGUUCACAUUCAGCAACUGCUGAGGAGCCAAGAGGAGCUGCAGGAGAGGAAGGUCGACAGACACUCGCUUCAGUCCACACUCUGUCAGCUGGACAAGCAGAUCCAAGAUCAGUGGAAUGACAUCCAGGACAGAAUGUUGCUUCCAGAACAUUCCCAGCAGGUCCACGCCGCUGGAAUCAGGAAACAGCUGCUGUGUCUCUCCUGUGACCCGCCCGUCAUCACACACCUUCAUACACCUGGAGCGGUGUCGCCCAGCAGAACUUUGACGAACUUCACAGACUUCAGGUACCCCAGAGUGUCCCGCAGUUGUGGGGGGGUUCACACGGUGACCUCUGGCCCUCAACGAAGCGUCAAUGGGUGGAAACACUGCAGCCAGACAGCAGGGGGCGCCACAGUGCAGGCAGAGGCGACUAAGACGGUGGCGACACACGAGGCGCUCAGCAAAGAAGGCCACUUCCACCCAAACAGCAAAUUAAUAGCCUCCAGAUCAGAGUCUGCUCAAGCCCGCACACCUCAGAGUUCUUCAGGUCGCAUCUUUGGCGCCAGAUCGAGCGUAGCUCCGCCCCUGAGCAGGCCCUUGUCGACUUCCUGAAAAGAUGAAGAUAAGUCACGUCGUGACGUCAUCGUCUUAACGUUGUUUUGUUCCAUUAAACAUUUUUCAAACGUU